AGAAUGCAUUCUCGCUUCACAUCCCUCGCUCGUUCCCUCAAAUCCAACAACAACAACCACCACCACCUUCACCACCCCUCUCUCCUCUCUCUCUCCACCUUUCUCUCUCCUCGCUCCUUCUCUUCCUCACCCUCCGUCGAUCCUCCCAAGCCUCGCUACCCCCAAACCCUAGAGGGACUCCGCCACCGCCUCGCCGCCGAGUCCCCCACUCUCACUGACUUCAUCCGCCUCCAAUCCACCGACGACUACUCCGUCGAGGUCGGCACCAAGAAGAAGCCCCUCCCCAAGCCCAAAUGGAUGAGGGAGUCCAUCCCCGGCGGAGAAAAGUACACUCAAAUCAAGAGUAAAUUGAGGGAAUUGAAGCUCCACACCGUCUGCGAAGAGGCUCGCUGCCCUAAUUUGGGUGAAUGUUGGUCCGGCGGCGAAACUGGCACCGCCACCGCCACGAUUAUGAUUCUCGGAGAUACUUGUACCAGAGGUUGCAGAUUCUGCAAUGUGAAGACAUCACGUACUCCCCCUCCUCCAGAUCCAAACGAACCGUCCAACGUAGCUGAGGCAAUUGCAUCAUGGGGUUUGGAUUAUGUGGUGAUUACUAGUGUCGAUCGUGAUGAUUUACAUGAUCAAGGAAGUGGCCAUUUUGCUGAGACAGUGCAGAAGUUAAAGAAGUUGAAGCCAAAUAUGUUGAUUGAGGCAUUGGUUCCUGAUUUUCGAGGAGAACCUGGCUGUGUGGAGAAAGUUGCAAAAUCAGGAUUAGAUGUUUUGGCUCAUAACAUUGAAACAGUUGAGGAGCUUCAGAGUGCAGUACGAGAUCACCGUGCUAAUUUUAAGCAAUCCAUUGAUGUUUUAAUGAUGGCCAAGGACUAUGCUCCUGCUGGUACACUUACCAAAACUUCAGUAAUGUUGGGGUGUGGGGAAACACCUGAACAAGUGGUGAGAACAAUGGAGAAGGUGAGGGAAGCAGGUGUCGAUGUGAUGACUUUUGGUCAGUAUAUGAGACCAUCAAAGCGCCAUAUGCCAGUAUCUGAGUACAUAACCCCCGAGGCUUUCGAGAAGUAUCGAGUUCUUGGCAUGCAAAUGGGAUUCCGGUACGUGGCAUCUGGUCCCAUGGUUCGGUCCUCGUACAAGGCGGGUGAAUACUACAUCAAAUCCAUGAUAGAAUCAGAUCGUGCGGCAACCUCUUCGUAGAUUGCUGUCUUUGAUUAAAGUUUGAUUUUUUGUCUUUUCCCCCCUCCUAUACCACAUAAUAUUCAACAUUAAUUCCUUGUAACUUUUAUGAAAGAUUAGAUGGUUCAACCACAGUGUGAGCUUUUAAGGACCUGUCCUGUAGUGAAUUGACAGUCUGGAGAAUGUUCCAUAAGAGCCUAUUGGCAUGCCCCCCCCCCCUCCUUUGGUGUUGGAUGAGCUUGUGCUCCUGAGAUCACCAUUUCUAAUGGGUUAUAAUCAUAAUAAAUUCAGUUGUAUAUCCAAAUUCAGUGUAAUUAUCAAUUUGUAUUGUGCUGUGUUUCUUCAA